CAGUUGUGGGUCUUCACCAUCAUCAGGUUCUUCCUGGUCCUGGUCCUGGUUCCAGACUGUGAGGUUGGAUCUGGAUCACACUGAAGGAUCUGGACCCGUCACUGCAGACUGGUCUUUCUCAGAUUCAGACCUGAACCUUUAAGUCCAGGUCCAGGACUUCCUUCCAGGAUCUUGGUUCUUUGUCCCUGCAGGUCUUCAAGGUCAGCACCUCUCUGCCUCAGAACGGGGACCUGGACUACAAACCAGAUCCAGCAGGUUUUGCCGAGCCUCGGUACACCACAGCCAGCACCCAGACCCCGCCUGAGUUUGAUGAUGAACCCAGACCCGGUACGUCCUGGACUCUUAAAGGGAUAUUCCGGCGUAAAACUAAUUUAGGGUCAAACCCACCGUAACACCGAGUUAGACCCCGCCCCCUCCAGACAUGAAUGUUGUCGACCGCUUGUUUCUCCGGUUAAACCAACUUUAGUGAGUCGAUCGCCGAGUUCAGACGAACAUUUCUGAUCAUUUCUUCAUCGUUUCCUUGAACUAAUAAUCACCAUAUUGAUCAUUUUACAGACGCUGUAGUUCUUCUGUCUCAGCGUCUCGGUCUGAUUGUGUUUCCAUGAAGAAAUGAUCUCGACUUUCUUAUACCAAAUUUCGUGCAUGUGUUCAUAUCUUGUCAGUUUCUUGACUGUUUUCAUCAAACUCUUCUAUGAUCUUGAUCUCUCGGUUCUUGUUUGUUGGAAAAAUCUCGAUAUCUUGUUGUCAUAAGUAACUCGUUCAGAUCUUGAUCUCUUCCUCCCGCUGAAGUCGGUGCGAGCUCACACUUGUUCACAUCUGUCUCUGUUCGCUCUUCUCUGAUUGGUUGAUUUCUCAGACUCUCAUCACGAUGGCGGCCUGACACCGACACGACUCGUCGUCUUCGGAGGAAAUCAGCAGAUUUCAGGAAAAUCUGAAGUUAGGUGCUGUUCUGAGCAUUAUUUGUGGCUAUAGAGUGGCGUUUUGUUUGGGGGCGUGGCUCUCUGUAUUUCUAUCCUGCGGUCGUUACUAAAGUUGGUAUAACUAGAGAAGGAAGCGGUCGACAACAUUCAUCUCUGGAGGGGGCGGGGUCUAACUCGGUGUUACGGUGGGUUUUACCCUAAAGUAGUUUUACGCCUGAAUCUCCCUUUAAAAACCACGUAGACUGCCUGGUCCGGGAUUUGUCCUGACCCCUGUCAUCCUUCAGUGUACCCCUCAGAUUACACCGUGGACCCUGGUGGACCGGUCUUCCUGUCUCCUGGUCAGUCCAGCGUGGGUCGAUCCGGUCAGUCCUUCUCCAAUCGAGGAUCUGUUAGAGGUACGAAUCGAGGAGGAAAAGGACUGAGUCCAGGUUUUCGUUCUUCUGGGUGGUUUCGAGGUACCUGUCCUCCUCAGAUCUUCUUCUUCUUCUGGGUUUUCCUACUUUGAUGUUUCUCCUCCUGAUGGAUCAGAUCUUUGGAAAAACUCUGACACAAAACUCUGACUUUUCAGGAGGACCCUACAUCCCCCAGACUUAUUUCAGGGACUCUGGUCCGCUGGUCUACGCCGCCGCCGCUGCUCGAGUGAGUGACCCCGCCCACCGCCACCCCUCAGGGUUUUUAUUCCUCCUGAGGAAAAAAAAAACACCUAACCCUAAAAAAUCCUACCAAAGGUUCCUCAGCUGUUUUUUUUAUAGUUUUAGACGUCCUUAAUAACAAACUCAAAGUUUACCAAAGUUUGACCACGAGAACGGCGUCGUUUUCAAGAUGGCGUCCAUGGUGGUAGGAGACCCGGGUAAAAUUUUGAACAGCUCACGUUUGUUUUUGUUCUUCCAGGACUCUGGAUACCAACACGGUUACAGACGUGGAGGAGGGAGGCAGAACUCCAGCGGUAAGAUCGUUUUACGUGCGUUUUAUCGAAGUCCUGUUGGAAUCAUCGUCUUUAUUUCUCUUCGUGAAAAUGAGUUUGGUUUUUGUUCUCGUGUUUCUGCAGCGGCGUGGAGUGAUUCGUCUCAGGUGAGCAGUCCGGACCGUGAGGGAGCCUUCACCAUCGUGGACUCGGGUCACGGGGACUCUCUGUCGGUCUCUACGGUGGAGGUGCCCCUCACUCCUCACGGACACCACCCCACCGUCCUCCCCAUGCACCUCUACCCGCUCUCUCAGCCUCUGCGAAUCGCUUUCACCGCAUCUCGCACCGCCAACUUCGCCCCCGGGAACCUGGACCAGCCCAUCGUGUUCGACCAGCUGCACAGCAACCUGGGAGAGAUGUACGACACCCACAUCGGGCGCUUCACCUGCCCCGCCAACGGGACCUACGUCUUCAUCUUCCACAUCCUGAAGCUCGCCAUCAACGUGCCGCUCUACAUCAACCUCAUGCGCAACGAGGAGGUGAUGGUGUCCGCUUACGCCAAUGACGGAGCGCCGGAUCACGAGACGGCGAGCAACCACGCCAUCCUGCCGCUCUUUCAAGGGGACCAGGUGUGGCUGAGGUUGCACCGUGGCGCCAUCUAUGGCAGCACCUGGAAGUACAGCACCUUCUCCGGCUUCCUGCUGUACCAGGACUGACCUCCAGACUUGGACUGAUGGUUCUGAACUCAACCAGGAUCAAACUUGCGUCUCAGUACCGUGGUCCGGCUGCAUGCCAGCGCGUCAAAAACGGGUCAUCAAAGAUCCUCUUCCUUCCUUUUAAACCGGGAUUGUCGCUCCUCGCCGUGAACCAAACGCGCUCUGAACGGCGGCGCCCCAUUAACACGUCAUCUCGCCGUGAACAGAAACCCGUUCAGGUCGCCGAUUUCUCUCUUGCACUGUCAUGAGUUUGUGCCUUUUUGUUUUGAAUGCCUUUGGACUGAAUGAACGGAUCAAUUAUUAUGAUUAUUAUGAUUAUUGACUGGAUCAGCACUUUGCUCCGGGGGGGGCGGGGCUCAGACGGAUGGAGCCCCGCCCCCCCUCAGUGUGUGUUUGUUUGUGUGACUCUGAGAAGGACGGAGUGUGUUGUUGUCGUUGUUGUUGUUGGUGGUGGGUGUGGUGUGAACACUGGAGGCUGAAUUGUUGCACUAAUCCGACUGUGGAGAGACGUGAUGAAGACCUGGUGGUCCUGAUGUGCCUACAAAAUAAAAGACGAGCAGAAAA